CCUCCAGCCAUUCAUUCCAUUCAUUCCUGCAGCGAAGAGUCAAGCGAGCUCCAAGUUUUCAGUUCUCGGAAAUGUGCGUCAGGGAAGCGGCCACUAUUCUGUUCGCGGAACCCGAACUGGUGCUCGGCCAUGGCCGCAGGGUGCUGUUCGUGAACCCCGACGACCUGCAGAUAUUCAAGGAGAUCGAGCUGCCGCCCGACCUUGGCCUGAAGAGCGAUUCUGCCCGGGAAUCCUCUGCAGCUGCAGCAGCGGGCCCUUCUUCGGGCGGCAAGGAGCAACAGCUGGCCAAGGAGGCGGGAGGAUCCGGAUCCGGAUCCAUACCGGGCAACUCCACCGCUCUGGUGCAGAAUGUGGCCUACUCCCCGGACGGACAGCUGCUCGCCGUGACCACCAGUGGGGGCCAGAAGGCUUUGCUGCUCUAUAAAAUGCGCCCGGAGAACGCCCGCCUGCUCUCCGCCCGCCCACUGGCACGGGCGGCCAGCGCGCUGCGCUUCUGCAGCGACAGCAGCUCCGUUUUGGUCACCGACAAGACGGGCGACUGCUAUCAGUACGACUGCGUCGAGGCGGAGGCCACUCCGCGCCUGCUGCUCGGCCACCUGAGCGUGGUGUACGACAUUCUGUGGUCCGAGGACCAGCAGCACAUCAUCACCUGCGACCGGGACGACAAGAUACGCGUGACCAACUAUCCCGCCACCUUCGACAUCCACAGCUAUUGCCUCGGCCACCGGGAGUUUGUCUCUGGUCUAGCGCUGCUCUCGGAUCGGCACAUUGUCUCUUCGUCGGGCGACAAGACGCUGCGCGUGUGGAACUUCAUCCUGGGCAAGGAGCUGCUGCAGCACGAGCUUCCCGCACCGGCGGUACGUCUCCAGGUGCGACAAUUGGAGCCGGAGAAGGUUUACCAGGCGGCCGUGCUCUUCUACGACCAUGUGGAUGCCUUGGGGCUGUAUCGUUUGGAGCGCAGCUCCUCCGAGGACGAGGACAAGUGGAGCGUGACGGCCAGCCAGUUGGUGCGCGCAGAGGCGGGCUCGUGGAGCAUAAGCAACUUUACUUUAACCGCCGAUCGGAUCUAUGUCACGGGAGCCGAGGAUCAGCGAUUGAGCCUGCGGGUCUACGACAUCGCCACGGGUCAGCCGGUCACCAGUGGAGUGCCCGAGGGCUGGCUACAGAUGGUGCUGGAGGGGCUGGGCGCCAACGAGGCGCCUUUCGUGCCCGAGGAUCUGUCCGUUUGGUUCAAGAAGCGCUUCGACAACGUCAGCGACUAUUUGGAGCGCAAGAAGCGGCGCAUCGAGGAGCAGCAGCAGCAGAAGUGCGGCUAAUCAACCCAAAAAGGGAAAUUUAAAUCUUUACAUAGCAUUUAAUUAGCAUAUGGAGCAGCAGAGCAGCAUCUAAUAUAUAUAUCUGUAUAUGUGUGUAAAA